ACAGUGUUAGGGUUAACGUAAUUUCUUUCACUCAGUGCAAGCAGUUUCGUCAAUCUGUGUUACACUUGACUGACCUAAUCAUAAAUAGCAGCGAGCUGAGAAAAUUGUCAUUAGUAUGCUAUGGAUUCGUGGAGUGCAAAGGCUUUCGUGUUUUUCCUGGUUGUUUCGACGUCGCGUAGAAAUGCUCUACCGCAGCCUCAGAACUUCAAUAACAAAAGGAUUGUUAUUGAUUUUAAUAAUGGUGUCAUUACGAUUAACAAUCAGCUGUCCGUGUCAAACACCAAACAAAUGGAGAGGAUAGCCGGUGGAAGUUACGCGAAUGAAGGUCAAUUUCCGUUCAUGGCCGUGGUGCAUCGAUUGAUUGAUGGUCGAAGGGUUGCUCAGUGCGGCGGUACUAUCAUUUCGGAAAGAUGGGUGCUGACCGCGGGACACUGCAUCGCAAAGUAUCCGCGAAGGUUCUUCGUGAUAUUCGGAAUCGUCGACAAAAUCGGUAUCGGUUAUGACAUAAACCGAGGACCCGGAGUCUCGAUGAUGACGACGCGGGCUCACGUACAUCCCAAUUAUUUCUUCAGCAAAAAUGAUAUCGGACUGUUGCACAUGCCGGAAGACAUUCCCUUUUCAGAAAAAAUUCAACCGAUAAACCUGGCUGGACCAAAGGAGGGUAAAGUUAUGGCCGACACAAUGGCCUACGUGGUCGGAUGGGGUCGCGAUGGCUUCGGUCCCACAGGUACCAAGAGACUCAAGUAUGCCCUAAUGCCGCUGAUUUCGAAACGCGAGUGCGUCUCGUACUGGAGAGUGGACUAUAGAAAUAUAUGCACAGAACCGGGACUCGGGAAAAAUGCGUGUCAGGGUGAUAGUGGGGGACCCCUUUUUAUAAUGAAGGAUGAUCGACCAAUGCAAAUCGGUAUCGUUAGCUACGGAGACGCAAACUGUCCAAGUAAUAGACCCGGAGUAUAUACUAGAGUGGCGGCGUUUGCAGGAUGGAUCCAACGUGUCACUGGAACGCAAAUCGAAUAAAUAAACCUGUGAAGAUAU